AACAUACUAAAGAGUACAGUUAAGGCCUUUAAGCGGCGAAAGUUUAAUCCUGAGGCCAGAUUGGAUGUCAUUUUUGUUGACAGUGAACAAAUAUCCGAAGGUUCAGUAGAUGGUGGUGGACCCACUCGGGAGUAUUUAAGAUUGCUUAUGAAAGCCAUUCAUCAGUCCAGCAUAUUUGAAGGACCAGAGACAGAUAAGACACUGGCUCUCGAUAGUCAAGCCUUAGAAGGAAAACUAUACACACAGAUAGCACGGAUGAUAUCUGUGUGUGCAAUACAUGGAGGUGUGGCACCAAAUUUCUUCUCGGAGAGGUUGUUUAAUCAGGUGUGUGAUAAACCCACUGCCCGUGCAACAUUGGAUGAAGUGAGUGAUGUCACAUUCAAAGAAAAACUACUAAAAAUUAAAGAAGCAAGAACUGUUGAAGAUGCAAAAGCUGCAAUAGAGGAGGCAGAGGACAGCCUGGCUAUUGUUGGGUCUUGCAGAAUCAUCACAACACUGAAGCAGAGGGAUGCCCUUGUGCAAUCUGCUGUCAAUUUCUUUGUUGAGGGCAGAUUAAAUGUUGCAUUGCAACAGUUUGUGGAGGGCUUCACCACACUUGGACUCCUCAAAGAGAUGAGAGCACACCCAGAUCUGUUCCAUAGCAUGUUUGUGAAGGAUGUGAGGCCUUUGAAGGCUAGCGACCUCUCAACACUUUUCCAAGUCAGCUUUUCAGCAUCAGGGACACACAAAAGAGAGCUAGAAAACCAGAACGCAUGCUACUGGCGAGACUGGCUAAUUGAUGUUGAAGAAGGAGAAUGUGCGCCACUAACUUUGGAGAAUGUGCUCGAGUUCGCAUCUGGGGCUUCCACGAUACCUCCCUGCGGUUUUUUCCCUCAGCCCACAAUUGAAGUCUUUCCAGAAGAACUUGGCAAAAUAUUUCCUGAAGCAAAUACGUGUGUCCUUGUUCUAAAAUUACCGGUUCACAAAGACUAUGAUUCUUUUAAAGCACAAAUGUGCAAUGCUGUGCUUUGGGCACCAACAUUUGGAUUAGUUUAA